CACCGCCGCCGCGGCCUCCCCGCCGCCCCCGCGCCCCGCCCGCGGCUCGCCGGCCGCGCCGAUCCGGCUCCGCGAUGACUCCCCGGCUGCCGAGGAGCCUGCGGCGGCUGCUGCUGCGCCUUUCCCUCUGGGUGCUCAUGGGCAGCUCGGUACCCGCUCUGCUCCGGGCUGAAUUUACAUCACCUGUAGAAAGAAAUAAGGAAAGUGGACUGAAAAUGUCAAACCUAUGCAAGUUUUGUGAUAUUAAAGUAACAACCUGCUCAAACCAACAUCGGUGCAGGAGUAACUGCAACAUCACUUCUAUCUGUGAGAAGAGUAGUGAAGUCUGUGUUGCUGUAUGGAGACAGAAUGAUGAAAAUGUGACAUUAGAAACAAUAUGCCACGACCCCCAGGAAGCACUGUAUGGUCACUUUUUGGAUGACUAUAAAUCAGAGCAGUGUUUGAUGAGGGAAAAGAAGGACGAUGGGGGAUUGAUGUUCAUGUGUUCCUGCACAGGUGAAGAAUGCAAUGAUAUGCUCAUUUUUACAUCAGAUGACCCCCAUAAACCAGAGGAGAAAGAUGAAAUUUCCAAAGUCACAAUCAUAAGUCUUGUCCCGUUACUGGUGAUUUCUGUUGCUGUGAUUGUUAUCUUUUAUGCCUACCGCACUCACAAGAAGAGGAAACUCAGCAAGGCAUGGGAGAAGAAUGUUAAGCCCAAGAAGCAUAAGGACUGCAGUGAUGGCUGUGCCAUUAUGUUAGACGAUGACCGCUCAGACAUCAGCUCCACGUGUGCCAACAACAUCAACCACAACACAGAGCUGCUGCCCAUUGAGUUGGACGUUGUUGUUGGCAAAGGAAGGUUUGCUGAAGUAUAUAAAGCCAAAUUGAAGCAAAACACAUCAGAACAGUAUGAAACUGUGGCAGUCAAGAUUUUCUCCUAUGAAGAAUACGCUUCCUGGAAAACAGAGAAAGACAUAUUUUCAGAUGUAAACCUCAAGCACGAGAACAUACUCCAGUUCUUGACAGCAGAGGAACGUAAGACAGACCUUGGCAAACAGUAUUGGUUGAUUACUGCCUUCCAUGCUAAAGGAAACUUGCAGGAGUAUCUCACACGGCACAUUAUCAGCUGGGAGGACCUCUGGAAACUUGGCGGGUCCUUGGCCCGAGGGAUUGCCCAUCUGCACAGUGAUCACACACCCUGUGGCCGUCCCAAAACACCUAUCGUACACAGGGACCUAAAGAGUUCCAACAUCCUGGUGAAAAAUGAUUUAACCUGCUGUCUCUGUGACUUUGGGUUGUCCCUGAGGCUGGACCCUUCCCUGUCUGUGGAUGACUUGGCUAACAGUGGGCAGGUUGGCACAGCAAGAUAUAUGGCCCCUGAGGUUUUGGAGUCCAGGAUGAACCUGGAGAACAUGGAAUCCUUCAAACAAACAGAUGUGUACUCCAUGGCUUUGGUCCUCUGGGAAAUGACAUCUCGCUGUAAUGCUGUCGGAGAAGUGAAAGAGUACGAGCCCCCAUUCGGCUCCAAAGUGCGAGAACACCCUUGUGUGGAAAGCAUGAAGGACAAUGUCCUGAGAGACAGAGGGCGACCCGAGAUCCCCAGCUCCUGGCUUAACCAUCAGGGCAUCCAGAUGGUGUGUGAGACGCUCAUCGAGUGCUGGGACCACGACCCCGAGGCGCGGCUGACGGCGCAGUGCGUGGCCGAGCGCUUCAGCGAGCUCCGGCACCACGACAGGCUCUCGGGGAGGAGCUGCUCCGAGGAGAAGAUUCCCGAGGACGGCUCCGUGACCACCGCCAAGUAGCGCCUGCCCGAGAGCUCCGGGACGGAGGGAAGUCGCUCCUAGACGUGUUCACCUUGGCAAAGGAAGAGGUCUUGAUCAGUGCCUUGACUUGCUUCCUGGAGGACUGAGGCUGUCACUACUCCCUUUAAGCUCCAGCUCUGGACAGGGAGAUGUAUUCUGGGAAUUACAAGCUGGGGGAGUGGCAGUCAUACCCUAGCACUGGCGGCCAGCAUCAUGUCAUAGGAGGAGCUAUACAUGGUAGCACUUCCUCAGGAAAAGGAUUUGAAAAUAGCCAAUAACAUUAUGCACUUUAUUAAUGCCUGUAUAUAACUAUGAAAUUGCUAUUUUUAUAUAUAUAUAUACAUAUAUAUAUAUAUAAAAAAUGUGUGUGUAUGUGUAUAUAUAUAUGUAUCUAUAUAUCUAUAAACAGUCAUGUCCUGGGUAAAGAAAAGUUAUUAAAAGAAAGUGCUUCCAGGAAAUUACCAGUACAUUAGAAAUCCCAUCCCUUAGGGAAGGAGCCUGGGGGGACUGGUAUAGCACCACACCAGCAAUUGUGCACUAAGCGUUCUGCCAAAAAAUAGGAAUGAGAUGCAAUAAGAAGAUGACUUUCAAAGCAUGUGCUGUGACCACCUGGCUGUCAUCCUGCUGUUCACAGGAGCAGGAGCAGUCUCACAGCAGACAGGCCAAGUUGACUUUGCAGUUGUACUUGCAUGGUCCUGCAGCACAUUGUGGAAAAUUCAGGAUUGCCUUUUCCCUCUCAUCUUAACCCCAAAGUGUUCAAAGUGUUCCAGAACAGGCAUGUGAGGAGGUUUGGUCCAUCCCACAUGUGUGUUUUGUGAGUUCAUUAAUGUUGUAUGUUUAUUGCAUUGAAUUCGUGCUGCUUGCAAACAGGUUGCAAAGCAUCAGCAGGAUCAGUUUUCCCCUCCUCCCAUCCCCACGCUCAAACCAUAGAGAACAGGACAGGGCCAGGAACAAUCCAAGCAGAUGUUUUAUAUUUGCUGUGCAUUCUGAAUGUGGGCAGUCCUAUUAUUUUUCCCCUGUCUUUUACCUUGAUUGUGUUGCUAUAAGAACAAACUUUUUUUUUUUUUUCCUUUUCCCUGUACAAUGUGUCUAAUUGCUAGGCAAACCACAGUGUGACUGUUCCACACUUUCCAAAGUAAGAGGCAGCAGCUGUUGCCUUUAUUUUUGCAAAAAGACCUUGGAGGUGAGGGAAAGCUCCAUAGCAAUAGGUUAAUGGCAUAUCCUGCCCUCAGCAUUGCUUGCAUUUAGGGCUGCCUCAGCAAGUCAGCAAUUCAAAGAAUUAAAAAAAAAAACAAAAACAAA